UUAAGCAGUGGCCAAGGGAAUUUUUCCGACGAACCUUGCCAUCAAUUAUUAUUUUUUUUACCUAUUUUCUCUCUUUCUCUACCCUCUUAUUUACUAGUUAGUGGAAAAAAGAACAUAGGAUAUCUCAGAAUGUGCCUCUAGAGAAUCAUUCCCAUUUCAUCAUCUGUCAAAUUCCUUCUUCCUCCAUAAAUACUCUGAUCCUAAGCUUCUUUUAAACACUCACACUUACUCUCUCAUCGCCUUACAACACCCAGAUACUUCCUAUUCUCCUCUCUUCGAAAACGAAUUCACGCGAAAAGAUGGUGAAAUUCUCUAAACAAUAUGAGGCACAACUUGUUCCGGAAUGGAAAGAUGCAUUUGUCGACUACGGACAACUUAAAAAAGACCUUAAGAAGAUUCAACUUCUUAACUCUAACAAAAACUCUUCAAAACAACAAAAGAGUGUCUCUUUUGCCUCUUCCUUCAUUUCUUCCCUUGGGAAGAUUAACUUAUUUAGCCAGAAACGUUGUGAUCACGGCACAAUUCAAGUUCAUAGGAAGUUAGCAUCCUCAAUAAGCAAGGGAGAUAUGUAUGAGACUGAAUUACUGGAGCAAUUCGUGGAUGUUGAGGGUGCUGGUGAAUUUUUCUCUUGUUUGGAUACCCAACUGAAUAAAGUGAACCAGUUUUAUCGUUCCAAGGAGAAAGACUUUGUUGAGAAAGGAAAUUCAGCAAAGAAGCAGCUCGAUUUUUUGAUUGAGGCCAAAAAUAAUCUCAAGCGUAAGAAGGAUGCAUCUUCUCAGGACUUUAGUGAUGAUCCCUCCAUUUCAAGCCAACUCUCAAGUGUAGAGCUCGAAUUGACCGAAGAAACAGGGCAAGAACAGGGCCAAUAUAGCUCAACGGAAGAACAAGAUAAAAGUGGCAGUGAAAUUUCAAGAUCAGAUGAAUUGGAAAGAUCAUCAAGAAGAAUUAAAAGAGAUGAAAGUGGUUCAAGGAGUUUCUCUAGUAGGGUUUUUAACUGCCAGGGAAAGAACUUAACCAUUAACAUUCCAUUAACGACGCCGUCUCGAACGUUCUCAGCAAUCAGUUCUUUGGUUUGGGAAGAUGUUAUAGGCCAUUCUUCAAGGAAGGGAAAUCAAAGAGGAAUUCAGAUCAACAAAACUAACCUACAUCAUGCAGAAAAGAUGAUACGAGGCGCUUUUAUUGAGUUGUAUAAAGGACUGAGUUACCUUCAAACUUAUAGGAACUUAAACAUGCUUGCUUUUGUGAAAAUAUUGAAAAAGUUUGACAAAGUGACUAAUAAAGAAGUGCUACCAAUUUAUUUGAGAGUUGUAGAAAACUCCUAUUUCAACACCUCAGACAUGGUGAUGCGAUUAUCAGACGAGGUUGAAGAGCUAUUUGUUAAACAUUUUGCCAAGGAUGAUAAGAGGAAAGCCAUGAAAUACCUUAAGCCAAAUCAUCGCAAAGAAUCCCAUGCAGUAACCUUUUUUAUAGGUCUAUUUACAGGCUGCUUUAUUGCACUUCUGGCUGGUUAUGUUAUCAUGGCUCAUCUAAUGGGAUUGUACACUAAACAAUCACCUGACACUGUUUACAUGGAAACUGUAUAUCCUGUCCUAAGCAUGUUCAGCUUGUUGUUCCUACACAUCUUCUUGUAUGGUUGCAAUAUUUUCACAUGGAAAAAGGCGCGUAUAAAUUACAGCUUCAUAUUAGAGCUAGCUCCUACUAAAGAGCUUAAGUACAGAGAAGUGUUUUUGAUCUGUACAGCUUCAAUGACUGCUAUUAUAGGGGUGUUGUUCAUUCAUUUAUCCCUUGCAGCCAAAGGUUACUCUUCCAUUCUUGUUCAGGCCAUUCCAGGCCUCCUAUUAUUGUCUUUCCUACUGUUACUGUUUUGUCCUCUCAACGUUGUCUAUAAACCAACUCGGUACAGAUUCCUUCGAGUUAUAAGGAAUAUAGUUUUGUCACCUCUAUAUAAGGUUGUUAUGCUAGACUUCUUCAUGGCUGACCAACUUUGCAGCCAGGUGCCACUCCUCAGAAAUCUUGAGUAUGUGGCUUGCUACUACAUCACAGGGAGUUACAAAACUCAGGAUUUUGGAUACUGUGUGAGGACUACACACUACAGAGACCUGGCAUAUGCCGUUUCCUUUAUACCAUACUACUGGAGGGCAAUGCAGUGUGCAAGGAGGUGGUUUGAUGAAGGGCAAGUAACCCACCUAGUAAACCUGGGUAAAUAUGUGUCAGCUAUGCUAGCAGCAGGGGCAAAGCUCGCAUACGAGAAGGAGAAGACGACAGGAUACUUAUGCCUUGUUGUAGCCUUGUCAAGUGGUGCCACAGUGUACCAAUUAUACUGGGACUAUGUUAAAGAUUGGGGAUUGUUACAAUUUGAUUCCAAAAACCCUUGGUUAAGGAAUGAAUUACUUCUCCGCAAGAAGUUCAUUUACUAUUUCUCCAUGGUGUUGAACUUGAUUCUAAGGCUUGCUUGGCUACAAACAGUACUCCAUCCGAGUUUUGGAAAUGUCGAUUACAGAGUGAUUGGGCUAUUUUUAGCAGCCCUUGAAGUUAUCAGAAGAGGACAAUGGAACUUCUAUAGAUUAGAGAAUGAGCAUCUAAAUAAUGCCGGCAAGUUUAGAGCAGUUAAGCAGGUGCCACUCCCUUUUCAUGAAGUGGAUGAGGAAGAAUGAAAUGUUUGUCAAGGCCAACAACAACAACAACAACGACUGGAAAGGAAUGCAGUUCUAAAUCCAAGAGGUGUUGAUUCGAGUCCUAAUGUUCUUUCGGUUCUUCACUGCACUUUGAAGCCAGUUGGUGUCACAAGGCAUUGACAGAAUUCCUUUUGUUCCCGUCAUCAAGUAUAAUCCUAGGAGUAAUACUUCAUAAAUGUGCAUAUACUGAUUCUUCAGACUUUGUCAAUGGAAAUAUAUAUUAAUUCUCUUAUGCAUUAA